CCACAGAGCCACACAGUAGACAUGCGCGCGCCCGAUAACACACGAAGCUGAAAAGAUUCGUUUCACUUUGGAGUUGUCAACUUAAUUGAUUGGUUAUUCUACUUUUUAAUUUAUCAAAUGAAAUGAUGCGCAUUUACAAAGUCUAUAACCGCUGCACCUGCGGUUCUAUCCUUACCUUUUCUCCUCCACCUCCUCUAUUUCCUUCCAAUUCCAUUAAAUUUGCUCGAUUCACUUCCGUUCGUCGGACAUCCGGCCACCUGAGAACUCAUUCCGCAAAAAUCUCCAGAUUAUCGCCGAUCAUGACCGCCGCUGCCUCUUCUAGACUCGGCCAUCUCGUGCCUGCUAAUGCUUUUGCAACCGAAGACGGUGGAAGUGGCGGUGGUUCUAACAACUCCGCUAAUUCUUCUACUCAAAUUGACGAGGCGUUGGACGGUAAGUAUCAGCUACCUCCACCAGAGAUUAGAGAUAUUGUUGAUGCGCCCCCUCUUCCUGCUUUGUCGUUUUCACCUCAAAGGGAUAAAAUACUUUUUCUUAAGCGAAGAGCUCUACCGCCACUAGCAGAAUUAGCUGCACCAGAGGAGAAGUUAGCUGGUAUGCGUAUUGAUGGAAAAUGCAAUUCUAGGAGUCGAAUGUCGUUCUAUACUGGCAUUGGCAUCCAUCAAUUAAUGCCUGAUGGUACCCUAGGCCCGGAGAAGGAGGUGCAUGGCUUUCCAGAUGGUACUAAAAUCAAUUUCAUUAACUGGUCUCUCGAUGGUAGGCAUUUAUCGUUUAGCGUUCGAGUUAGCGAUGAUGAUAACAGUAGUAGUAAGCUUACUGUAUGGGUUGCUAAUGUGGAAACUGGGGAAGCUAGACCGUUGUUUAAGUCACCUGAUGUUUAUGUAAAUGCUGUUUUUGAUAAUUUUGUUUGGCUGGAUGACUCUUCUCUGUUGGUUUGCACUAUCCCAUCAUCUCGUGGUGAUCCGCCAAAGAAACCUUUGGUUCCAUCUGGCCCAAAGAUCCAAUCGAAUGAAACGAAAAAUGUUGUUCAAGUCCGAACUUUUCAGGAUUUGUUGAAAGAUGAGUACGAUGAAGAUUUGUUUGAUUAUUAUGCCACAUCACAGCUUGUGUUAGCUUCUUUGGAUGGGACAGUGAAGGAAAUUGGCCCCCCGGCUGUGUAUACAUCAAUGGAACCUUCACCAGAUGAGAAAUACAUUUUAAUUAGUUCCAUUCACCGGCCAUACUCUUUUAUUGUUCCCUGUGGUAGAUUUCCAAGGAAGGUAGAAGUGUGGACAGCUGAUGGGAAGUUUGUGAGGGAACUUUGUGAUUUGCCCCUUGCUGAGGACAUUCCCAUAGCAUUCAGUAGCGUCCGUAAAGGGAUGCGAUCAAUCAACUGGAGAGCUGACAAGCCUUCAACACUCUAUUGGGCAGAGACACAAGAUGGGGGAGAUGCAAAAGUGGAAGUUUCACCACGAGAUAUAGUAUAUUCACAACCUGCUGAGCCACUUGAAGGUGAACAGCCUGAAAUUCUAAUGAAACUGGAUCUUCGUUACGGAGGAAUUUCUUGGUGCGAUGAUUCACUUGCUCUAGUUUAUGAAUCAUGGUACAAGACAAGGCGAACACGCACCUGGACAAUAUCUCCCGGUUCGAAAGACAUGAAUCCACACAUACUAUUUGAUAGGUCAUCAGAAGAUGUUUACUCUGAUCCUGGCUCGCCUAUGAUGAGAAGAACAUCUUCUGGAACUUACGUGAUUGCAAAAAUAAAGAAGGAGAAUGACGAAGGUACUUAUUUGUUAUUGAAUGGAAGUGGUGCUACGCCAGAAGGGAAUAUCCCUUUCCUUGAUCUGUUUGACAUAAAAACAGGCAGCAAAGAACGGAUUUGGCAGAGUGACAAGGAAAAAUACUAUGAAUCUGUUGUUGCUUUAAUGUCUGAUACUAAGGAAGGGGACCUGUACAUGGAUCAUCUGAAAGUGUUGACAUCAAAGGAGUCAAAAACAGAAAAUACUCAGUAUUAUAUACAGAGCUGGCCAGAAAAGAAAGCAUGUCAGAUCACAAAUUUUCCUCACCCAUACCCGCAGUUAGCAUCAUUGCAGAAAGAGAUGAUCAGGUACCAGAGGAAGGAUGGAGUUCAGCUAACUGCAACAUUAUACUUGCCACCAGGCUAUGACCCAUCAAAAGAUGGCCCUCUACCAUGUCUAGUCUGGUCAUACCCUGGAGAAUUUAAAAGCAAAGAUGCUGCAGGACAAGUUCGUGGUUCUCCUAAUGAAUUUGCAGGCAUCGGUCCAACAUCAGCUCUUCUUUGGCUGGCUAGGAGGUUUGCCAUUUUAGCUGGACCAACAAUCCCUAUUAUUGGUGAGGGUAACGAGGAAGCCAAUGACAGGUAUGUAGAACAACUGGUCGGAAGUGCAGAGGCAGCUGUUGAGGAGGUCAUCCGACGUGGAGUGGCACAUCCUGCAAAAAUUGCUGUUGGAGGACAUUCCUAUGGUGCAUUCAUGACUGCAAACCUCUUGGCACAUGCCCCUCAUCUUUUCUGUUGUGGAAUUGCACGCUCAGGGGCUUAUAACAGAACGCUGACACCUUUUGGUUUUCAGAAUGAGGAUAGAACACUCUGGGAAGCGACAAGUGUGUACGUGGAGAUGAGCCCUUUCAUGUCGGCCAACAAAAUAAAAAAACCAAUACUACUUUUCCACGGAGAAGAAGAUAAUAAUUCAGGAACCUUAACCAUGCAGUCGGAUCGCUUCUUCAAUGCCCUAAAAGGUCAUGGUGCACUUUGUCGCCUGGUUAUUCUCCCUUUUGAGAGCCAUGGGUAUGCUGCAAGAGAGAGCAUCAUGCACGUUCUCUGGGAAACAGAUAGAUGGCUGCAGAAAUAUUGUGUGCCAAACGUUUCUGAUGUGAACGGAAAACUUGAUUCAUCCAAAGACAAAGUAGUUACAGGUGAAGACAAUGCAAACAAAGGAGUUGCAGACACUGCAAACAACACAGUUACAGCCACCGGAAGUGGUGUCCCUGAACUGGAAGAUCUUGAGCAUGAAAAAUUCAACUGCACACCAAGAUCAUUAUUAUGAUUGAAUUGCGGAUCUUUUAGCUGCUGAGGUUAAAUGGAGAGCAACAAAACUGAUGUUUGCAUGGAUGCUGAAAGGGAAUAUAUCAUAUAUGCCUCUCCCAGUGAUUGUGAAGGCAUUAGUUCCACAAUUUUAAUUGAAAUCUAUCAUUACAAAAUACAAAUGCCACGCUCGAGUGGUAUAAAUUAAUAAAGCGUUCAUGCGUCAACUUUAGGGUGACCUUUGAAACCCGAUAAUACUAUAAAAGCUAUCAAUUUUGAUUCUCAUAAGUACUUAUUAAUUGGCUAAAUCUAUCUUUUGCUCCCUGUAUAAUUUGUAUUUUAGUUAUAUGGUCCCUAUUCUUCUA